CAGGGCCUCCCUGGGGUUCCACUGUGUCCCACCACACAUCCCCUCCCUCCUGGGGGCCCUUCUGUCCCUCAGGGGUGGGGGAGGGCAGGGAUAACCCCAAUUUGGCAGCUCGGCCGCCGGGUACCAGGGCUGUGCUUCCAUCCCGGGCGCUCACGUUCCGCGGAGCCAAAUCCCCCGGGAGCAGCGGGGGGAGGACGCUCCCAUUAUCCGGCUCCUGCCGUGGCGGAGGCAGCUGGACCAGCCGUGCAUUAAUAGAUUACACAGAGGAUUUGGACUCGCCAACAUCCAGGGAACCGCUCUCGGGAGGGACACGGGCAAGGCCAGGGCGGCUUCCCGAGCCCGCGGCGACGGACACGGCCCCGCUCCCAUCCCGCUGACUCCUUCCCCGGCACAGGGCUCCCGGACCCCACCAUGGACGAGUGGGACCUCCCACAGUGGAAGAAGGAGGUGGAAAGCCUCAAGUACCAGCUGGCCUACAAGAGGGAGAUGUCCUCCAAGACAAUACCUGAGUUUGUGAAGUGGAUCGAGGACGGCAUUCCCGAGGAUCCCUUCUUGAACCCGGAGCUGAUGAAAAACAACCCCUGGGUGGAGAAAGGCAAAUGCACCAUCCUCUGAGGGGUCCCCCCUGUGCUGCCCCUGCUGAAUGUACUUUUUUUAUUAGCUAGUUCCAAUAUGAGAACCUGAACAAAACCCUGCC